GUGGGUCAUCCCCUCUGGCAGCAACGGUGGACUACAAUUCCCUAAUUCUUCACCUACAAUGUUCCUGUGGGCAGGAAGUAAAGCAACAGAUGGACAACAUGACCGCAGAUCCAUUUACCAGAAGAUUCGUGAAUAUGAGGUCCUGGACAAGAGAAAGACAGUAACAGCUCUGAGGGCAGGAGAGGACAGAGCCAUACUGCUGGGUCUUAGCAUGGUCUUUAUCUCUGUCAUGAUGUACUUUGUCCUGGGAAUCACCAUACUGCGCUCUUACUCUGACAGUGUAUGGACGGAUGAGGCUAGCUGCACUAUCGUGAACUCCACCAUCGUGUGGGAUGUAAACUGUUCAUACAGCUGUGGAGCAGAGUGCUGGAAGAGUUCCCGUUACCCCUGUCUCCAGGUCUACGUCAGCCUCAACUCCUCAGGAAAGGUGGUACGACUGUUGCACAACGAGGACACCCAGGACAGCAAUCCUGAGUGCUUCUACACCCCAAAGUGUCGAAAGGACUAUGCAGCCACACAUGCAAUAGUUCAGAACAUUUCUGAGCGUCUCAAGUUUCAGCACAUUGUCCAGUGUUUCGUGGACCCAAGAGACAGAGCGGACAAUGCAAUCCUGACACAGAUCUACGGCCAGGUCGCAGUCUUCCACUCCCUGUUCUGGCCAACCUUCACCUUGCUUGGGGGAACCAUCAUCAUUGCCAUGGUGAAGCUGACCCAGUACCUGUCCAUUAUGAGUGAGCGACUGAGCCGCAUUAACAGGUGAAAGGGAAGGUUCAGUUGAAGGGAAGUUCCACUUAAUUGGACACAGGGACAACUGAAGCAUCUUCACUGGGCCAAGAGUGAAAGACAAUGAGGGGGGACAGUUGUUGGUUGUCUCUCUGUGAUAGCUGUAAUGAUGGGAUUCAUGAAGACAUGUCUCAGCAAUUAUCUGAAAGCAGUCAGACAGACAAGCAUAUAUUUUUGAGACCGGGUCAAUAUGCAGGUUUGAAGAUAAACCCAUGUUGGUUUGGAGCCCGACAACAGUUCGGCCUGCUGGUGGUUGACGCCCAGUAACAAUCUUUGACUAUCAAUUUCCUUUUUUUUUUUUGGCCAGUCAGUAGGAUUUGUACAAAUGUGACAGGAUUUUUUUAAGUACCUAUUCUGCGUUCUAUAACUUUACAAAGCUAGUUGUUUUUUUAGGAAAAAACGCUUAUCCGCUUUGUUCCCAAGAGUUAGAUGAGAAGAUCGAUACCACUCUAGCUUCUGUCCAUUAAAUAUGUAGCUAUAGCCAGCAGCCGAUUAGCUUAGCUUAGCACAAAAACUAGAAGGAUGGAGGGAAACAGCUAGCCUGGCUCUUUCCAAAGGUAACACAACCUGCCUAUACCAGCAACUCUAAAGCUCACUAAUUAAGACUAUAUAUCUUGCUUGUGCUAAACUACCUUAGCAGGAUGCUAGCUGUAGCUUCACAUUUAGCAUACAAUCAUUGCAUGGUAUCAAUCUUCUUCAGACUCUCUGCAAGAAAGUGAAUGUGUGUUUUCCAAAAUGUCGAACUAUUAGUUUAGAGAUCUUUUUUAAACUGUAGCCUGGUACCAAAAAGUGCAUUUUGGGCUAACUGAGUCCCUAGUGUAACAAGGGCUGCUAAGGCUUUACUGUAGCCUACCUGUGCCUUAGGACUAUAGAAUUGGCUGUUUGUGUCCUACUGCAUGUAGAGACGGUUUACCAACCACUGCUCUGAUAUUAGAAAGUCUUUAUGCUGACUCAUUCAAUGAGGCUGAAGUGGUUGGUGGCAUCCUUCCAGAAGCAGUGUUAUGCAUACGGUGCAUCAUGAGGAGCAAUUAAGGAAAGCGCCUCCAAAAGGGAAAACCAAUAAAACUGAUCUUAAUCGGGCUGGGCAGUGCUUACUCACAGCUCCACACAUCACACCCAUGCUGUCUGUGAUUGAUUUCAAAUUUUCUAUCCAAACAUGUUUUGUUACAUGAAUGAUUGUACUAUCAAAUAAACACAAUGUGCCUGUUGCAUCUUGAUAAUGAUGUUUGAGCCUUAUUAUACUUAUUUUGAUGGUGUCUCAGUUUGAUAUCAUACCAUUUGGAUUAUGUAAACUUUUGAUGAUGAUUUGACAAGCCCAGUGAUUGGCUGGAUGGUCUGCAUCAUCAUAGAUCGAGGAUGCAAGGUUCCUAUCAAGUACAUAGCAUUUGUAAACCAGUGGUUCCAAACCUUUUUCCUAACGGGACCCCUUUUCUUUCAUUGAGUAAACUGAUUACCGCUGACUAAGUGAUUUUAUAGAUAGAUAUUUCAUAUAAUAUUUAAUGCAUACAGAACAACUGAUAAACUGUACAAUGAGCCCAAACAGUGAACACAAUAACUGCAGAUGGUUUGUGUAAAAUUAGUGAUUUGAUUAUUCUAUUAGCUUUUUGUUUGUUUGAUCUUUUCUGAUGCAGGACGAGACUGUUUAUCCGAAAUUAAAGCCUCUGUGAAUACAGCUUGUGUUCAGGUCUUCACCAUACCCAUAUCCUGUUUAUAUCUUAAAUAAUAAUCUAAGAUUAGUAAAUAUAAAAAAAUAUGCCAUAAACCAUGCAAUAUCUGGUCCAAUAUGCAACAUAUGCAAGUGUGAUGUAGAAGCUUGAAGCCCCUAAAAGUCCCCGUAAGCUGCCUCCCCCAACUUUCUUUUUAAUUAUUUUUUGGGAUAAAACUGUAAAAAUAAAGGAGUCAGUAUUUCUCCUUUAUUUAUUCAGCCCUUUAGUUACCCUACCAAACUGCUUAAGUAGGUAAGUAAUCAAGUAAUUUGCUUUUCUCUCCAUCACCAUAGGUCAUUGUC